UUUAUUUUCUGGUCAGUUUACUGCUCUUUCUCAUCUCCAAGUUAGAAUCGCGUUGAUUUUGGAUCAAAUUAAACAAACAGGCGCCUGAUUUCCACCAAGAAAUACAAUGGAGUACGAUUUUAGAAAACGGAACCCGCCCCAGUAUGAUUCCACCACGCCGCCGUACGGCAGGGCUCCCUCCGCUUCUCAUCCGCCCUACGCUCAACAGUCCGUACUAUACCCUAAGAUCGGCAGCGCCGACCCUCAUUCAGUCCGCAACCCUCCGUUUCACCAUGCGCCGCCUCCACCUUCUAAUCCUGGGAUCGGGAUUAGGGUUGCGAUCAAACCUGAAUACAGAAUCACUCCGCCGCCUCCAUUGCUGCCACAUCUGGGUGAAAUUCCGCGCAGCAAUUUCCACUUCGAUUUCGACUUUGAAAGGAAUGUGCUGACGGAAGCAGUUAAGGAAAACCCCAACUGGGCUAGGCUUGGAAUCGACAAUUCUCUACCAAAGGCAACUGAGCCAACACCAUCUUAUGGUGCGGCCGCAGAUCCUGUGGUGAGCAAAUAUAUAGCAGCAGGUCUCAGCAGAGAGGCUGUGCCGCUUGCAGUUGCAAAUUAUGGAGACAAUCCCUCCAAGGUUAAGGAAUUCGCCAAUGGAUUUACCCUACUACGAGAAAUGGGAUUCCCGUCGAACAAUGUAGCUGAGGCCUUAAUUAUGUACGACAACGACACAGACAAGGCAUUGGCUCAACUUAUCAAUGCUCCAUCCUGAAUAAUACUACUCCAUAUCAGAAUAUUGCAAGUGUUGUUUUAUACGAAAUUAGGUAGCAUCAUGUAUUGUCUAUCAUUGUAAAGAGUGAAAUUCUAUGAUUGUAUACACAUUUGUAUGCCCCUUUAUAGCAAUGACCAUUUUCUUUCCUCUGUUUUUA